UCUCCCCCUUUGCUGUGUGUAGAGAUUUCAAUCAGGUGUGUGAAGGCGUGGCCUACAACAUAAAACUUGCAGUCAGCGGUGCAGUCAGACUUGAUGAAGACAAGCUCUGUAAAGUUUUGCUUUCUCAACGAAAAGUCCAAACCUCCGACAAGACUAUGCUGACCUUGUCGCAGCUCCUGCACGCCGCCGUGUUCUUCUACCUCGUGCCCUGUCUGCUCUGCGGCAACCUGCGCUGCUUUUACAGGCCCAUCCAGGAAAAGGAGGUCAAAUAUGGGCACGUUGUGACAGAAUGCCGGCCGGAUGAAGUGUGCUUCAAAGCGGAGGGUCGCUUCGGCAACUACAGCGCCCUGUCGGCCAGCGGUUGCAUGCCUAGGAAGAAUUGCAGAUGGAUUCAUGAGCUCCCCUACAAAGGAGUCGUCUUCACAAUCAGCUAUAAGUGCUGCAACCGGCUAUAUUGCAACGCCUGUGUGGGCCUCAAAGCCAACACUUUCUCCAUCGCUCUUACACUUGCGACUAUUGUUGUGGUCGCCAGUUAACGCCUAUACUGAACAUGAGCAUCAUAUAAUGUUUGUGUCAGGUGGAAAAAUAGUAGUCUGAAGACACUGAGCUGCAAAUAUGGAUAUUUUAACUGUUUUAGAGUGCGCCUUUUAUUGAAAUUAAAGCUUUUAAUAAAA